CUUAAACCCAAGUCAAAUGUCACUCCCUCGGUCCGUCCGCCUUUGACUCCCUCGCAAUCUCAAUCGGAAAACAGAAAUGUCGACGACGAUCACCCAGGCGCCGGUGAUGAUUGUAGCUGGUGCAUUGGCGGCGCUCUUUAUAUUUGCGGUCUCAUCGGAGGCUGUCUCUGGAGCUCCUUUCAUCUUGGCGCACAAGAAAGUCUCUCUGACGAAGCUCAGUUCCGGCACUGAACGCGUCUCCGUUACCAUUGACGUAUACAACCAAGGAUCUGGAACUGCUUAUGAUGUAACCCUUACUGACGAUAGUUGGGACCAGGGCGUAUUUUAUUUUGUGACUGGCAACACCUCUAAGUCAUGGGAAAAGGUUCAUGCUGGUUCUGCUGUGUCUCACUCUUUUGAGUUGGAAUCCGGAAAGAAAAUGACUUAUUACGGCUCACCUUCCCGCAUCACAUAUCGUGUUGCAAGCAAGUCAAAAUUGCAGGAGGCAUACUCCACUCCAAUAUUGCCAUUAGAAAUAUUAUCUGAAAAAGUUGGUGAAGCCAAACUGGGAUUGUCUAAUUGCAAUAUGUGGGGACAUGCCUGCAGGCUAAGGUAAUGUGUAUUUCUAUUAAAUAAAUUAAUCUGUAUUUCCUUAUGAUUAUGAGUAAAUAUUAUUGCCUUCAUGAUGGAAAUUUUGUUCUUCCUCUUUAACUGAUAUUCAGCUAUAUCAUUGUAUGCAGAGUUUACUGUCAAAAUAUGGAUCCCAUAUUUCCGUGGUGCUUAUUGUGGCACUCUUUGCUAAUGCUAUUGCUGCUCCCUCAAAAUCACAUGUCGGAAGUGGAAAGAAGAGGCACUGAAUAUCAGCUGGCGAUGGAAAAAUGUUCUGUUCUUUUGAAAUCACUACAAGCCUUUUUAUACUUAUAGAAAAUAUUUCACUUACAUACAAUGAUUCCCAAAAAAAUAUAAAAAUGUAUUUUAAAAAUGCAUUUUAAUUUGUGAAUCAUGUUAACCUCUCCAUGACAUUAUUGCAAUGGUAAAAUUGUGUUUUUAACUGCUUACCUGUAUUAGAAUUGCGUGCACCAG